ACCGGGAUGCUGGUUGCGGCCUGUGUUUUGAGUCCGUUUCCCGGUUUCUUGCCCGGGCCGACCGGAGAGAGGAGGUCUCCAGCUGCCCCUGACAGAGGCCAGAGCCAGGCGGGGGACAGCGGCAUGGGCCGUGUGACAGAGUGUGCGCUUUGUGGCUCUAUAACUGCACUAGUGGAGUGACACAGCUGGCGGCCCGUGACAUGCCAGGUGUGGCCCUGAAGUGUGACCCCAGCCCCAGCUUUUCCUGACCCCCUCCUCAGGUCUACGCGACAUGGAUCACCCGGCUGUCCUGCUCGUCUUCCUGGGACUCCUUUGGGCCCCCCCGCCGGCUGCCGGCUCCUCAAAGGAUCCGGUGACUGUGUCGGAGUUUUACUCGCAGAUACCGCAGCGUCUUUCUUUCUAUAACUGGUACGGGAACGCCCGCUUGUUCCGCUUCCGAGUCCCGUCGGACGCCGUCCUCCUCCGCUGGAUCCUGCAGGCGUCCCGGGAGAAUCGGCCCGAGUGCCAGCAUGCCGAGAUCACCGUGCACUUUCGCUAUGGGGCACCGCCGGUGAUUAACCCUUUGGGGUACAACUUUGCCCCAAAUACAAGUGUCCCCUAUUCCUUUAAUAGGACGAUGGUUUUUACAAAAUCCUUGCAAAACAACACUUUCCUGAAUAUUUCUAAUCCUGCUCCGGGGGAUUGGUUUAUCGCGGCCCACCUGCCCAAGGACCCGGAAAAGAUCGAAAUCCAGGGUUUCACCAAAUCGUGUGCCUAUAUAUUCCAACCGGAGCUGUUCGUACUUCGAGAGGUCAAUAUACCGAUCUUACAGAUGGACUCGCCCCUGCGGUACUCGCUAACACCCCCGAGGAGCCUCGCGCGAUUCAAGAUCUUCAUCCCCGAGUAUACCCAGGAGCUGGUGCUCCGCCUGGAGACGUGUACCUCGGACGAGUCCCCGACCUUGUGUCCCCUGAAGGUCGCCGUGGGCUCGGCCGAGCACCCGCAGUCGUUCCCGCGGACAGCGAACUGCUCUGGAAGCACAAACUGCAGCCUCUCGCUGAGCUCCCCGCCGUGGGAGAGGUGGCUGAGCGUCCUGGUGGAAUCCCCGCCGUGGCUGAACUCCAGCGUGUCUUUCCAGCUCAGCUACAGCGUCCCAGUCUGUACCCCGGGAACGAUCGCGUCCAGGUCCAUCUUCACGUUCCUGAACGCGCUGAACAUAACGGGCAACUCCACCCUGUCCAGGAACGGCCCGCUCGCCGCCGGGAACGUUUCCUCUGCAUGGGGAGCGCGCUCGGCCAACCUGAGCAGCGGCUCCUGCCUCCGCAGUUACCCCGUCAUCCGGGAGGAGCUGGACCUGGUCUCUGUGCGCUUUCAGUCCGUCAACGGCCCGUUUGUGCCGGUGGUGGCGCCUUCGCCCACCGUGAUGCUGCUGAGUCUGGAUUCCGACAUGGACAGCGGGGGGACCCUGGUGGUGAACCUGCGGCUGAAUAAGACGACGCUGAACAAUGAAACCGCGGCGGUCAUGGCGUGUCUGAGCGCGGCCGCUCCCGUGCUGACGUUGAACUCCUCGCAGAAUUGCGCAACAGCUUUUUUCGAUGGCUACGCUUUCAAAAUGAACGGCAGCCUAACCAGCGGCACGCGUUACGUCCCGUACCCCGAGGCCGACAAGUGGUAUCUGUCCCUGCAGCUCCUGUGUCCGCGGGGCGACAGUGAGUGCCAGCAGCUGACCGCCAGAGUGAUGGUUUCGGCCUACCUGAGCCCCUGUCUGGACGACUGCGGGACCUACGGGGAGUGCCGGUUACUGCGGAGAAACGGCUACCUGUACACGGCCUGCAGCUGCAAAGCCGGUUGGGCCGGAUGGAGCUGCACGGACGAUCGGAACGCGAUCUCCAGCGGGCAGCAGCUGCUGGCCACCCUCCUGCUCACCCUCAGUAACCUGAUGUUUGUCCCGACCAUCGCCGUCGCGCUCUCGCAUUCGUUUUUCGUGGAGGCGGCGGUGUAUGUUUACACCAUGUUUUUCUCCACCUUCUAUCAUGCCUGCGAUCAGCCUGGCGUGGCCGUCAUGUGCAUCAUGGAAUACGACACGCUCCAGUACUGCGACUUCUUCGGCUCCGUCGUCGCCAUUUGGGUGACCAUUCUGUGCAUGGCCAGGUUAAAAACCGUUCCGAAAUACGUCCUGUUUAUGUCGGGGACGCUGUUUAUCGCAAUGUCCAUGCAGCUGGACCGAAGAGGCAUGUGGAAUAUGAUGGGACCCUGUCUGUUCGCAAUAAUUGUCCUGGUGAUCGCCUGGACUUACCGCGGGGUGCGUCGCCGUCACUGCUACCCGCCAAGCUGGCGACGCUGGGUUUUCUUCCUCGUCCCCGGCGUGUCCCUGGCCGUGAUCGCCAUCGCCAUCUACGUCUUUGCUGAGACGCAGAGUAACUACUACUACACGCACAGCCUCUGGCAUAUCUUGGUAGCGGGGAGCGUGGCCUUUCUGCUUCCCCCCCGGGAGAAAAAACAAAAAUCCUGGGACUGGAGAAGCAUGUUGGACUGCGGAUAUAAGAUGUGCAAGGACGACCGGGAGGAAUUGUACGCGGUCACAUGACCCCCGACUUACCGGUCACGGCUGCUGAUGGAAUCCGUGGAGUUUAUGGGCUAUAAUCACUAUCUCUCCGAGUAAAUCGAUAGAUUCUGGUGCCGAGGAACUGCAGCAAGCUGAAUAUUCAGAUCCCGAAUCCAGGAUCGGAAUUAUUAUUUUUUUUUUUUUGGUGACCUCCGUGAGGGAUAAGAAGCCGCAAACUCAACCGGUGCUCUGGCGGCUUUUCCGUGACGCAAACUGUGGCAAAACUGUUUCCAGAACCAUAAAUUCCCGAUUAUUUUAAAGACGCUGCAGGGAUCCGGGCCUUAAGAGGUGGAUAAGUGGAAAGAAGCUCGACGUGAACGUCCGCGACGCUCUCCUGUUGAGCGGACGGCGAAUUACCACCAAUGUAGCAAUAAGGCGUUGUAUGAAAAACACGUGAUUUCUGUCCGAAUUGGGUUUCCAAGGCAGGCUGCACAUUGGUGCUCGUUUUCUGGGGUAAAAGCCUUAAAAAAAAAAAAAAUAAAUAAAUAAAAGUUGAAUUGAAUGGUAGGGCUUUUAGGAUGAAGCGAAGAGGUUUUCAGGUUAGAUACAUAGAAACUUUA